AUGAAGGGCUCCGUUGCAUUCAUCGCCGUUGCGCUCGCCGCUCCCGCCCUGGGUUCGCCGGCGAACCUCGAGGCUCGUGCUUCCUCCACCAGCUCUGCUAAGACCCCCCAGGUCAGCGUCAAGGGCAACGCCUUCUGGGCCGGUGACAAGCGCUUCUACAUCCGUGGUGUCGACUACCAGCCCGGCGGUUCCUCCGAGGUCGCUGACCCCAUCGCCGAUGCCGACCAGUGCAAGCGCGACAUUGAGAAGUUCAAGGACCUCGGCAUCAACACUGUCCGUGUCUACACUGUCGACAACUCCAAGAGCCACGACGAGUGCAUGGGCCUGCUUGCCGAUGCCGGCAUCUACCUCGCUCUCGAUGUCAACACCCCCAAGUACUCGCUCAACCGCAACGAGCCCAAGUCGUCUUACAACGACGUCUACCUCCAGAACGUCUUUGCUACCAUUGACGCCUUCGCCAACUACGACAACACCCUGCUGUUCUUCUCGGGUAACGAGGUCAUCAACGACGACAAGACCACGGACGCUGCUCCCUACGUCAAGGCCGUCACUCGUGACAUGAGGCAGUACAUUGGCAGCCAGAACUACCGCAAGAUUCCUGUCGGUUACUCUGCUGCCGAUGUCGACUCCAACCGUUUCGAGAUGGCCCAGUACAUGAACUGCGGUACUGACGACGAGCGCUCCGACUUCUUCGCCUUCAACGACUACUCGUGGUGCGACCCCUCUUCGUACUCGCAGUCCGGCUGGGAGUCCAAGGUCAAGAAGUUCGCCGACUACAGCCUUCCUCUCUUCCUUUCCGAGUACGGUUGCAACACCAACAAGCGCAAGUUUGAGGAGGUCGCUUCUCUUUACUCUGACAAGAUGACCGGUGUCUACUCUGGUGGUCUCGUUUACGAGUACGCCGAAGAGGGCUCCAACUACGGUCUCGUCAAGAUCUCGGGCGACUCCGUCACCAACAAGGACGACUUCGACGCCUUCAAGUCUGCCCUCUCUGACACCCCCGCUCCCAGUGGUGAUGGUGGCUACAAGUCGGACGGCAAGGCUUCCGAGUGCCCCUCCAAGUCCGACACCUGGGACAUUGACAGCGACUCUCUCCCUGCCAUUCCCGAGCCCGCCAAGGACUACAUGACCAAGGGCGCUGGUGAGGCCAAGGGUCUCAGCGGCCCUGGCUCCCAGAACGCCGGCACUGGCUCCACCGGUACUGCCUCUGCUGGCUCCGGUGAGGUCACCGCGACCGCGACUGGCUCCAGCUCCAGCUCCGGCUCCGGCUCCUCCGGUUCCGCCGGCGCUGCCGCUGGCCUGAGGGCUCCCGCCUUCGAGACUGCUCCUCUCAUGUGCGGUCUCGUCGUCGUUGCCUCGACCUUCCUCGGUGCCGCCCUCCUGUAA